AUGAUUGUCAACGACGAGGAACGGAGCAUCGACUUUAGCCAAAACCCGUCCGGCGAACUGGACGAGGCGGUGCUCACGCGGCUUCGUGACGCAUUGAUCAGCAAUGACCACUACAGCAAACUUGUCUUUAACAACAAUCGCCUAGACGAAGACGCGGUUGGCAUUCUGGGGGCCAUUCUGAAGGGACCUACCCCGAUUGAGUCCCUGUGUCUUUCCUCGUGCCGGGUUCGCGACCUUGAUUUCAUCCACAUCGCCAAUGCGCUGUGCGUGAGGAAGACUCUGAAGCACCUCGAUUUGUCCAAGAACCCCGAUAUCACCAGCGCGGCGGCACCGGAUAUCGCAAGAGUCAUUCGGACCCUGCCGUCGCUGCGGGAGGUACUAUUAAUUGGAACAGGGCUCAAGCCGGCAAACUGCUCAAAGAUCGUCGCCGCAGUGGAGCGAAAUUCCUCGUUGAAAGUGCUGGUGCUGCCGUACACAGUAGGCUUCAGGGUCCUCGAUAGGGUCCGAAACGUUCUUGAAGGGAGGAGCGACGCCAAAGUAGAGGAUUUGGUGAAAGCGGACAAAGCCGUGAAAGCCGCGCCGUCGCUGGUGGAAUCAGCGGGGACAGGUGCUCCGGAUCCCACGCUUGGUCGUCGGAAAAAGUCUCCUUUGUCAGGGCUUCUCCUGCCUCCGAUAGUUGCCUCUCAGUUAGAGGGACAGGGUUUCACAUCCGAGCUAUGUCACCCCUCCAACGCCUUACAGAGGAUGGAGUUCCGUUGUUGGGCGGAUCCGGCCAUUAAAAAUGCCGCCGUCCAUCUGCAUGUUCUUGACAAGCGUUGCAACCUCCUAGAAGCCCAUCAGCAGGAGCUAAGAGAGCGAAUUCGUGCGAAACGUGGUCUGGACGAAAAGAAUCGCGCUGCAAAGAGGCAAUCGCGGUAUCGUGGCCGUGAUGCCUCCGCGUCGCUCUAG